UGAGCAUAAAUAUUGAUAAUCACGCGCAAAGCACGUGGGUACAUCCUGCAAGAUCUAGAGAGUACAUUUCUGCGGUGGCGUAGCAGAAGAGAAAGAAUCAAAUCAUAGAUCAUGAGAACUCGGCGCACGCACAGUGAAUCAUCAUCAUCAUCAUCUCUUCUUCUAAUUCUAACAACAACAUGUAUCCUUCUCCUCUCCUUUUCAAUCCCCACCCAUUCCGAAGUCAUCGCUUUAACCUCCGACACCUUCUCCGAUAAGAUAAAGGAGAAAGAUACUGCAUGGUUUGUGAAAUUCUGCGUUCCCUGGUGCAAGCAUUGCAAGAAUCUGGGUUCAUUGUGGGAUGAUAUGGGGAAGGCAAUGGAAAAUGAAGAUGAAAUAGAGAUUGGAGAAGUCGAUUGCGGCACCGACAAAGCUGUUUGUUCUAAAGUUGAUAUUCACUCAUAUCCUACCUUUAAGAUUUUCUAUGACGGUGAAGAAGUUGCUAAAUAUCAAGGUUCAAGGGAUGUUGAAUCAUUGAAAACUUUCGUUUUGGAUGAAGCUGAAAAGGCCGCAGCAAAAGCACAACUUGACAGUGAUAAAGAAUUAUAACAACUUUUGAGUUACUCUCGUGCAGAUAUUACCUAGACUACAGCCAACUCUUGUUAAAGGCGGUGCACACACCAUAUUAGUGAAGAUCAAUUCUGCUGUGUUUUGAUCAGACAAUCAGCAUUUGCUUGUUUGACCAUGCAGUUGUGAAUUUAGAACUAAUUCUGUACACUACCAUUUUUCCUAUAAUACUCCACAAAAUUGAUAGUAGCAUACUCUUCGCAUUGAAAUUAUCAGUUAUUUAGGAAUCAUCCUCGAGGAUUUGUUCUUUUA